AUGGGAAGUGAUUCGAUUUCGUUCUCUGCCAAAAGGAGCGAACGCAACUCGAAAAGUUUGGAAAACGAUUCUAUAGAUACAUUGACGAUCCCGCAGGCGCUAAGGCCCGAUGCUUCAUAUCCUCUAUUCAAUCCAGAUGCUGUUACAUCUGUAUUUGAUUUCCCCGAAUAUGUGGAUGCUCUUCCACCGCAGAAGAGUAGAAACGUACUACGAUAUGAGACGACAGAGAAAGAGUCAUCUGAUGCAAUUAAAAGUCAACUUCCUGAACCACCCAGUCCAAAGGAAAUCUGUAAAACAAGCGAAAAAUCAAGAAGACGAAAUGUGAGUACUACUGAUUGA